AUAGCUUCACAUAAAGUCGCUCUCCGAACCACGUGACUCCUCUCCGCCCGACCGCCACAGCGCCGCCAUUAUGGACACCAGUCGCGUGCAGCCCAUAAAGUUGGCCAGGGUCACCAAGGUGCUGGGCAGGACCGGUUCGCAGGGACAGUGCACGCAGGUGCGCGUGGAAUUUAUGGACGACACGAGCCGCUCCAUCAUCCGCAACGUGAAAGGCCCCGUGCGCGAGGGUGACGUGCUCACCUUGUUAGAGUCAGAGCGAGAAGCUCGGAGGCUGCGCUGACCUUGGCUGCUGGGUCCUGGAUGUCAGGGUCAAGACCGCUUGGCCCAGUGGGGUGAUCUGCCAUUGUUAAAUAAAGCGUUUGUGUUGUAUGUAGA